AGCGGCGGCGGCGGCGCGCAGGGGGCGGGGCGGCGGCGGGCGGUGCUCGGAGGGACCCCCGGCCCCGGCCUCCCCGGCGCUGCCCGCGUGACCUCGGUGCCCGGGAAGGGCGCGCGUGCUCCGUCCCGCCCUUGGCGCGCGUGACCCGGGUCGGGCGCGACCGACCCUGCAGCGGGCAGCCCGCACUCCUGCCCGGAGGAGGGGACUCGGGCUCAGACGGGGGCAGCGGAGCGGUGGUCCUGUUUCUCGGUGACUGUUCUGCCCGUUGCUCGUGGGGAGAGAGACCCUGCCCCUCUCCGGGAAGAAUGUCUUCUCUAAAAAGAAGUCCAACUCAAGAAGUAAUUUCCCAGUUUCACUCGUCAGCUGCAGAAGGCGAUGUGGCCAGGUUAACUGUGAUCUGCAGCCAUUCCCCAUCUGUUCUCAAUGAAACAUCUGAAAAUGGUUGGACAGCUUUAAUGUAUGCUGCGAGGAACGGGCAUCCAGAUGUUGUUCAGUUUCUUCUUGAGAAAGGGUGUGACCGGUCCAUUGUCAAUAAAUCAAGACAGACUGCACUAGACAUUGCUAAAUUCUGGGGUUACAAGCAUAUAGCUAACUUACUAGCUAAUGCUAAAGGUGGAAAGAAACCAUGGUUCUUAACCAGUGAUGUGGAAGAAUGUGAAAAUUAUUUUAGCAGGACACUGCUAGAUCGGAAAAGCGAAAAAAGAACUAAUUCUGACUGGCUGCUAGCUAAAGAGAGCCAUCCCACUACAGUUUAUAUCCUUUUCUCAGAUUUAAGCCCUUUGGUUACCCUAGGUGGCAACAAGGAAAGUUUCCAGCAGCCGGAAGUCAGACUUUGCCAGCUGAACUACACAGACAUAAAGGAUUAUCUGAUGCAUCCGGAGAACAUCACCUUGAUUUUCCUUGGAGUUGAACUGGAAAUGAAAAAAGAGUUUUUGGACUCGACUGGGGAAGUCCCACGAGAGGAAGAAGAUGGGCUGGUUGCUUGGUUUGCCCUGGCUAUAGAUCCUGUCGCUGCUGACGAAUUUAAGCAAAGGCAUGAGAAUUGUUAUUUUCUUCAUCCUCCAAUGCCAGCCCUUCUGCAGUUGAAAGACAAAGAAGCGGGGGUUGUGGCUCAAGCAAGGUCCGUUCUUGCCUGGCACAGUCGAUACAAGUAUUGCCCCACCUGUGGGAGUGCCACAAGAAUUGAAGAAGGUGGCUACAAAAGAGUGUGCCUGAGAAAGGACUGCCCGAGUCUGCAGGGCGUCCACAACACCUCGUACCCCCGAGUCGAUCCAGUGGUCAUCAUGCAAGUCAUUCAUCCAGAUGGGACCAGGUGCCUUUUAGGUAGGCAGAAAAGAUUUCCCCCAGGCAUGUUUACUUGCCUCGCUGGAUUUAUUGAACCUGGGGAGACAAUCGAAGAUGCUGUUCGCAGAGAAGUCGAAGAGGAAAGUGGAGUCAAAGUCGGCCAUGUUCAGUACGUCUCUUGUCAACCAUGGCCAAUGCCUUCCUCCCUAAUGAUUGGUUGCUUAGCUGUGGCAGUGUCUACAGAAAUUAAAGUUGACAAGAAUGAAAUAGAGGACGCCCGCUGGUUCACUAGAGAACAGGUUGUGGACGUCCUGACCAAAGGGAAACAACAGGCAUUCUUUGUGCCCCCAAGCCGAGCCAUCGCGCAUCAGUUAAUCAAGCACUGGGUUGGAAUGAACCCCAAUCUUUAAAUCAAAUGACUAAUUAAUUGUGUCUCAGUCCAGUCUUAAUCUCUAAUGCCACUUUAUCCUCUGAUGAAAUUGAACCUGUUUGAUCCUUACAGUGUCACAUCAUGCUGGGUUUCCAAGGUAUUUUCAAAGUGCGCUUUCCAACUUAACCAUAAAAUUCAUGCUUCCAUAAAUUCCAUCACCUCGGAUCUUCUAAGAACAGAGUCCUGGUCUCCCUGAAUUUGUUUCAGUUGCACACCAUGAUUUUAUCUCACAAAACCCAAUUUCUAAUAAGAGAAAUCAUGUAACGAAGUCACUUGUAAAGAUGGAAAUAAAUCUAAAUUCCAGGGUGCCUUGUAAGCAUUGGGCCAGUCACUCCAAUGCUCCUUAGAGAAGUAACAAAAUCUCAGUGGAGUUCAUCUUUAUUUUUAAGUCAUUUAAUUCCCUGAAGCUCUUCUGGGCUGCUGGCAGUGAGUCUCACUCCCCUUCCCUUAGAGUCACUGUGUCCUGGGGUUGUGCUGGCAGGGGCUGCUUCUCCCUCUGGUGUCACCUGGGCUCUGGCGAGAAGCGCUCCUGAGCCUCCUCUGCAGACAGAGUCAUUCACCUUGUCCACACCUGCUCUGUGCAGGGCUGUUCUCCAUUCAACUAGGAAUCUUUUACUUUCUACUAACAUCUAAUGUAUUGGAAGGAACUCUCCUUAAAGGCAACAUCUUGAUAUUGUCCUUCUAUGAACACAAUCUAUAAAACUCUAAAAAUGUUUCUCUCUGACCGGAGCGAUAGUUGAGUGGGUAGAGCGUUUGCCUUGCACAUGGCCAUCCUAGAGCACUGCCAGGAGUGAUUCCUGAGUGCAGAGCCAGGAGAAGCCCCUGAGCAUCGCCAGUUAUGACCCAGAAAGCAAAACAAACAAACUGUGUAUCUCAGAACCAGAUCAGUGAGAGUCAGCAAAAGGAAAUGGCAGUGUACAGCUUUGCCAUGCAAAUAGUUUAUAAAACUAUCUUGAAAUCAUUUUAAAAGAUAGUCUGAGUAUUAAACACAUAGUAGCAUAUAGUAAUAUAUAUAAUAUAAUAAUAUCUAUAUAAUUGACUAUUAUAUAUUAAUAAUAAAAAAAUCUUAAGGAAAAUAUGUAGUUAAUUGCCAUAUUUUUUUAGAAAAUAAAGAGGAAACCCUGAAGGUAAAUCUAAUUAUUUUAAAUCAUUAAAGGUUUCUAAAUUGAUGAAUUUAUAAAGUUAUACUUAACAUUAUUAAUAAAAUUAAUCCUAUCUAUGAUUAAAUAGCAUAAUUACAAGUCUGUUGUAUAACCACAUUCAGUAUUUUUUUGAUAGGAAGUGAAGACUGGUACCAAAAGUUUAUAUGCAACAAAUCAAAAGAAGUAAUGAUAGGAAUAAAUUUAAUUUGCUCAGUAUUCUUAAUUAAAAUUAUCACAUGCCAAAGUUGAUUUAACAAAAUAAUUUUCCUGGUAGGGGUGGGGGGAUUAAUUUUUAAUUUUUUUUUUUUUUUUUUUGCUCUGGGUCACACAGUGGUGCUCAGGGAUUGCUCCUGGUGGAAGAGGGGGCCGUAUCCGUACCCUGGGUCUGACUCAGGUCAGCCGUGUGCACGGGAAAUGCCCUACCACUGUACUGUCACUCUGGCCCCAAACAUUUUCGUGAUGAAGUUUGACGCGUGGGACUGGAGCAGGUACACUAGGUGCCAUACUCCCCUCUCAUGUGACCCACUGGCCCCUGAGACAGAGCCAGAAGUAAGCCCUGAGUAUGGCGGGUAGAGCCCAUUAAAAAAAUACCAAUAAACAGUGAAUUUCUUAGAAACCAAUAAGAGAUUAGGCUACUGAUACUGAUGUUAAGACUUUAGAUUUUAAAGACAAUAUUUUGUGAAAUUUGAACUACAUGAGUAUCUAAAAAAUGAUGUGCCUUGGUUUAUUGUGAAACGUAAUGAUUUGAGGUCCAGUUUUUACUUCAAAUGCAUUUCUAAUCUUCAGAGGUUUUAAGAUACAAAAUUUCAGCUUUCCAUGAAAUUAGAAUCUUAAAUUAUAAAUUGUCAACAAAAUGAAGUUAUGAAUUUCAUUUUGGAUAUUUACUCAUGUACUCAGGUAGCUAGUUAAGUCUUUUAAUUAUUAAACGGCUAUCUUCUAGCAAUGAGAAAUGAAGAGAGCAUAUAAAAGAAGUAAUGGAAGUUUAAUUCCAAGAGUAUUUUCUAAUGACAGUGAAUGUAACAAUUUAUUAAAGUACUUAUCUAUCUGC